UCAUUUUCAGGUAUUUCCUACCAAGUUGGAAAACUAAACGCAUCAGAGACACGUCAAGGAUGGAAUUGCAACAGCGGAUGUGAGGCGCCACAACAUUGUACACUGCCCCGUUGCACCAAUGUGGUAUUUCCGCAAACGUUUAGUGGAUCUGGAACCGUAAGUAAACCCUAAGCAAUUAAAACUUAUAGUCUAAUCUUCAGGGUUCGGGGUAACUUUGUUUUGUAAGUGAACCACAUUAAGCUUCUUUAAAAAUCUAAUGUUCUUCACAAAUUUUGAUUUACCAAAGUACUUGUGGUUUUAUGAUGCUUUGACGUCAGCGAAUUUGGUGCGCAUAGGUAUGCUUAAGUGUUUCUGAUCCCUGGGAUGUGUUUUUGAACAAAACAAAACAGAACAAAACAAAUACAAAAAGCCGGAAGAUUCUGACGAUAAAUAUAGAAGGUCUCUAUUCCAUGAAAUGGGAAUGGCGGGGGGGGGGUAAGGUGUGAAAGCGUGUGGGGAGGGAAGGGGGCGAUUGGGUUGGAUUAGCAAGACUCUCUUUUUCUUCAGAUUAAUUUUAGUGCGUGGAGUAAACGCGCGCGGAAGCGUCGAGCAGACGCGAGCAACGAGGGAGGCAUUCUCGCGCCUUCAGUCACGCGUAAGGUCACGCGUGUCUCGCGCGUUUCGCUCGACGGAUUGGGAAAAAAGAGAGACUGCUCAUAGUCUAGGGUGGACUUGUCGCCUGUUAAAUUUUCAUUGAUGCCUGUCUUUACCUAACGCAUUUCAGGUUCGAGUUUUUGUGUCAUUAAGCCAUGAAGAUCAGUCUUCAGUUGUUCAUUCGCCUUCCGCUGUGUGGGCAGAGUCCGUUAGUACAGCUGGAUUUCAGUUAUGCUCGCGUUCAACAGGUUCUACAAAUGACACUGGAAUUAUCAACUGGGUAGCGUUUCAGGACAAACCCAUGUUAACGCAUGGAAGCGUUACUUUUAGCGGAAUAUGGACAACAGAAACAAAGUGUGAGAAGAUGGCCUUUUCUCAGGUUAGAUAACAAUUGAUAACAAGUAUACAAUUUUGUUAUAAAGGUGUAAAACGUAGUUAAAUAGUAGAAACAAAUGAAAUAGUAUCAGAGAAUAGUUCUAAAACAAAUGAUCACUAAUUAAUAUCCGGCAUUUGCUCUUCAUAGCAGAGUCCACUGCUAAAAGUCUUUUUAAGCUUUCUCUCGGGCUUAGUUUCAAACUUUUCCUUCCCUCGCCACAAGAUAAGCCAUUUUCACGUUUUACUUUGGAGGUAGUGAUUGAAUAAUGCGUGACCGUUUUGAAUGUAUUGAUGUGUUAAAGGGAAUUUGGAAAAUAGAAGUCUACUUAUUUAAUGAGAUUAAAAUUUUAGCAUUAAACUUAACAAAGUUAGCCGAAAAGAAACAUUGUUAUUUGUAACUUUAUUUAAGUAAUGGACCAAAUAAAAUGCAUUCACCAACCUUUUCAACACUUCUUAGGAAGAGGUGAAAGAGGGGUAGAAAAUUGAGUUAAUGGGAAUAGACAAGUAGAUUUAAUUAAUCUGCUCCCCUUAGCCUUUGAUAAAUCCUUAAUUUCAUUUAAGUGCUGCUAACUACUUCUUAGAUACGUUCAUGCUGAUUUAUCUUUCGAUAAGCUUGUUUAUUUUUCAGUUAAUAGUUUUUCAUAUAUCUAACAUUUUUUUGCAGAGCUUUGCUUCCAAGCCUCGUGUAUUUGUCUCUGUUAAGUACACUCGCAGUACAAAGCCAAAUGACGCUAUGUACGUAUGGUUAGAAAACGUCAACUCUGGAGGAUUUGAAGUGUGCUUAAGGGAAUUCUUGUCCUUUGAUGGAAAACACCAAGAUGCAGUUGUGGUAAGUGAAGAAAAAUGGUCGAGUAACUAUAGUAUUGAUGAAAACAAACAAACAAACAAACAAACCAGCAAACUUGACUUUGCCACACUUCGGCAGCCCGGAAACCCAAUUACCCAAAACGUUUUUGACGCAAUUAACGUCAGUGUCGUGUCUCACGUGUCUCAUGCAGUCAUUUCUUGUUAAAGGAAAUGUGGUUCGAAACCUGACGCAACCCGUCUUGUAAAGAAAAGGGUAGCAAAUUAAACAUUAUUUUCUUGUCCGCAGGACUGGUUUGCAUUCACUGGAAAUGGGAGUCAACUUAAUUUCACAAUAAUUGGGGAAGAAAUCUUUCCAAACAGUGGAAAUCCAUCGUCCAAAAACAACUACGGCUUCUGUCAGGUGAAAACUUUAGUUCUAACAAGAACAUUUAGCAAGUCAAAGAACACUGAUUUUUUAGCGGUUAAGUUCACACUAAAGAAAACUUAAAAUACAGUAAACCCAAGCUUACCAGGCCAUGGUAAUCGACAUUGUAUCCAAAAUGGCAAUUCCCAGAUGAGCGCGACAUGUUUAUCUCGCGAUUUUGAUGUGCGCAUAUUUCGCGAUUCUUAAAUUUCGUGACUUUGCGAGAAUUUUAUAUUUCGAAUCUCUUCAAUUUCGUGUUGUAGACAGUGGGCGAAUAUUAGAAGUGGGGACUUUACAGAAGAUGGGCAAAAAUAGAGGGAGAGGUGAGCACGUUCAGAUCCAUACUAACUUACAUGACUUUUUUUACCUAUUUACAGGAAGUGCCUUUCAAUACGACCUUUUACAAAUCGCCAAUUGUGAUUCUUUCCGUAAAUCAUGAGUAUAAUCUUAAGGUCAAGGGAAGUCGCCCUCCAGAAAAUAAUAUAAUUUCAGCCUGGCUAGAGGUAAGUUUGCCUUUUUAUUCGAACCUGAGAAAACAGCCCGCCCGACAUUUCGCGCGACGCCACCACUAGUUUUCCCACAAAAUGAGGACUGAACCCCGAAAACCCCGUUUCACGACGCAAUUACUGGCUUUCCCUUGAAAAGGCGUCUGUGGAAGAGUGCAGAAAUUCCAUACUGAUGACAUGUACUUCCCAGAUCAAGAUAGUGCUUCUGAUUGGUCAUGCUGCAAAAUAAAUUUUCCUUAACCAAUCAAAAGCACUGCCUGCCCAUAUCUGUGUAGUGACAUAUCAUCAGUACGCAAUUUCUGCGCUCGUUCCUCAGACGUCUUUUCAUUUAGAAGCCAGUAAUUGCGUCAUGAAACGUGGUUUUCCACACUGGGUUAUAUUCUUGAUGGUCACUUGAGGUUAAUGAUAAUGAACAGGGAUUUUUUCAGUACUUUGCUACAUUAUUCUAUUCAAUUGUUUGCUUGAACUCUCACGACACCAUUGAGAUCCAAAAGUCCACAUCCCUUGUUCAAUCAGGGGAGAGAAGAAAUCCGUUUAUUCUGGUAAAUUUAUAAAAGGACUGUGAAAACUGCGUAAAAGCCAUAAGAAACCAAUAAUUUGGAUCUGAUCCAUAAAUUUCAUGACUUAAAGGUAUCGUCGUAGAAAUCAAGAAGAAAUUAUGAAUUUUCUAGUAACUGAUUAGUGCUAUCACAUUUUGUUGCAGGAAGUUGGAUUAGAAUCUAUGAAGCUCUGCGUUAAAGACCUCAGUGGAUUAGGAUCGAGUCAUGAUCCCUUGAUUAUCAGCUACGCUGUUACUGGAGGUUGUUUAUUAAUUUUCCUAUUGUAAUGAUCACUAUUUCUAGAAAGAACUAUUGUCAUCUUUGUUAUUAUUUUUAUUGAUAUCUUUUAGAAGUUCUUAUAUGUAGAAAUACAUUUCAUGAUAUUAAUUAAAGAAACGCUGGAGUACAAACACGGAUAUACCUUAGUCAUGUUACAUGCACUCUAUCUUUGCAGGCACUUCAAGAUUGAUGGGAUAAGAGCAAUUAGAGGGCACACAAGUAAUAAAAUUGCCAAUACGAGUAGUCGAGUAAUCCCGGUCGGGUUUGUUUAUUCCCUCAAAAUAAGACGACGAUUUUAGUCAUGCAAAAUGCAAAAUGUAAACUUCGACAAGUUUUACGUCAUAAUUCCUUGCUGUGAAGAUUUCUACUGUCGCCUACUACAUUCAAAAUCACUUCCACCCAUAUUUUGCGAUUUUCGUUUUUUUUAAGGUCAAAACUUCUUAAUUUUCUAUUGUGUAGAUAAUUAAAACAAACUCGACUGCAUUCUUGUAUUUACUGACUUUAUCUCUUGUUUGCCCCCUGAGAAACCACGUAACAUUGCUUUAAUUUAUUCCACCAGUCCGAAGCGCGUGCAAAGAUUUGGGCGGGUAUCGUCAGUAAGGUCUACUAAGGAUAAGAAAACGUCAGUUGAGGUACCUACAAGCAAACAUGUUACUAGUACUGUACAGUAACUUAGUUUUAAUUCAAAUAUGAAAAAUAUGUUAGACAUUUAUGUUUUUUCCAAAUGGAUAACUACUCAAUAUUAUGUUUCUUUUUUUCUCGGUACAGACCUUAAUCCGUGCCUUAAUGUGCAUUGCCCACGGUUUGGAGUCUGCAGGACCUAUAGUGCGCAUGACGCUCGGUGUGAGUGCGAUGACCAAUGCCCCUCAUAUAAAGACCCAGUGUGCACUGCAAACGGAACAACUUACGACAACCGAUGCUGGCAUAAGUUAAGCUAUUGCAGAGGACUUGAAAAUAAUCUGGUCUAUCACCCAGGAAGUUGUGAAGGUAACAAAAAAUAAUUUCAGCGAUUUUUUUGGCUGUAUAUGCCACAUAGAAUAGUCUGGAAGUUAAGCUCUCGAUCGUUUAGAAUUAUAGGUGCUGGCUCAAAAUUACAUUGGCUUCUAGCUAUGAUGUUUAUAACUUUUCGUUACUUUUAAGCUCGCUUUUAGCUCCCUACGCAGGGUAAGCAACAAUAGGCAGCUGUAACAAGCUACUUCGUCUCUCUACUUUAGCAAACGAGCCUAUAACAGCCCAGACUAUAGCCGAUGUUUGAUCUGUGUAAGAUCUUUUAUUCUCUUUUGUCUUGCAAUUUAGUUUUUCUGCGUAAAAUUAGAUUACACAAAUUUGCUCGGGGCAAAUAUGGUGCAAAAAAGUGCAAAAGAGGAGGAAAUCAAAGACAAAGAUAGUAAAUAUCGCAUUUACAUACCAGUUUACAUGGAGUUGCAUAUUUAAGAGCAAAUGCAGUAUUUACUAUCUUUGCCCUUGAUUUCAUCCUCUUUUGCACUUUUUUUGCACCUUAUUAGCACUGAGUGAAUUUUUAAAUCAAAUAUUUCGCGCAGUGGCCCAAUAUACUGGCAUAUGUUUAUCUUUAUACUGGCAUAUGUUUAUCUUUGCACUGAAACCAGCAUGCAAUAAUAAGCAGCCACUACACUGUUGAAAGGUAGCCGACAUUGCAAGUUACAGCCUAGUUUUAGUUCCAUUUCCACGCUUUUUUUUUAUCACCACCCUUCACCACUUAGAGUUGCACUACAACGCAAGCUAGGGAAGCUACCUAAGCGAUAAUGCUUAAAGAGCACAGUGAUGCUUCCUUAUUAAGUACUUAAUUUAUUAUAAAACAGGUUUUCCAAUUGUACGGGGCCGUGUAGAUCUGCUACAGGUUCCAAAAUGGUCAGAUUCAAACUGUCAGACAGUCACAUUUCCUCCAUACCGGUUUUAUCCGGGUAAACAAGUUUAUGUUCAAAUAACCGUCAAUCACAUGAAGCUGAAUGACUCUGUGACAGUCCACGACGCUGUUACUUCAUGGACAGAAAGUAUCAACACAAAAAACUUCACCGUCUGUGUCAUGCAAACCGGGAGGAAAGAAGAAGGCGCGAAUCCAUUUGCCACCAUUGAUUGGGUGGCUUAUCAAGGAGCACCGCCCGAAGGACUGACGGGAACAGUUGAGUUGCAGAAAUGGUGGUCUGGUACCAACUGCGCAGAUGUAACCUUUCCUACGGUGAGAUGGGAAUUUACAUAUUAAAUUAAAUAAUUGUUGCAAAUUCAACUGAGGUCUCUCAUUCAUGUGACAUCUUUAAUCCAUGUCUUGAAAAAAAAAAAAAAACAGCAACAACAACAACACCAAAAACAGCCAAAAAAACAAAACAAAUAAAUACUAAAUAAUUGGAAAAUUGAGUCUCAUGUGACCCUUAGCCAAAACAUGACAGAUUUAAUCACGACUUGUCUGCGUGACAAAAGAAGAAAAACAUCAAGAGCGAAAGUUGUGACCGACUUAGCGACUUAGUUAACAAAACAACAUUAGGUAACAAGUAAGAAUGGGAACUUACUUAGUGGUUGGUUUCAAGUAAUUUUGCAGAAAUGUUAAAAAAAGGCUGUUUCGAUUAUUGUUAUUGCUUUUUCUUCAGGGCAAGUUUGCCGAGGCGCCAAUAGUCCUUGUGACGUCAGAGCACCUGAGGACUGGUAAAGAGUAUGAUGCUGCUCUCAUUUGGAUUGAAGACGUAACAAAGGACUCAGUUAAAGUCUGUCUUCGUGAAAUGCAAAACUUUGACGGUAGACACCAAGAUAUCACUGUGGUACGUUCUUAGUCAGAUUUAAAAAAACUGGAAUGCGACUGUCCACAAAAUUUGUGAGGAAUGCUGGUCUUGUUAAAAGAAAGAGCUAGAGCGAGUUAUUAGAAGAAAAAGUGUGCUGCACCUGCAAUUUGGUUUUUUGCUAAUUAGAUCUAUUAGUCUUGAAGCCAUUUUCAUUGUCGUCCCCCGUUUAGCAUUACACGAUUUAAUUUUUUUUUUGCUUACACGUAUUUUUAACCAGAGCUUCGCUUUUAGCCCUGGCUAAAUCUAUAUAUUAGCGUUAAGAGGAAAAAGUAUUGCUAAGUAAAGAUUGUCCGGGCGAUCGCGAGUGAUGAUCAGUCAAACGAUCAGUCAAACGAAAGGAAAUGCAGAAAGAAAAACAUAAAAAGAAACGGAAAUAAUAAUAAUAAUAAUAAUAAUAAUGAAUAAUGAUAAUAAUAAUAAUAAAAAUAAUAAUAAUAAUUUUUUUUUACCAUAAUUUAAAAUCUUUAUUACAAAACCUCAAUUAAAAUCCUAUUUACAAUCAACCAGCUAUUACAAAAGAUCUAAUUAAUUCAUCAAAAACACUAUCCGCAAUUCCUUCAUUAGAGAACAAAAACAAUCCUAUAUAUAAUAAGUGAAGAAAGAAAAAACUAUUCAUUUACAAAUUCUAAAAAAUAGAAGUAACUUAACCUUACAUAAAAGAAGAGGAAAUAGAUAUAUAAUUAAUAAUAAAAGUUCAAAAUUCUAUAAAAUUAAGAAUUCCAUUAUGCAGAGAUAUUAAGAUCACACAAUCAAAUUAUACUAAUGACAGUAGAGUUCAAAAUACUUAGAUUCAAAGGGGCCUAAAAAUGCUGAGUUUAUUUAAAUUUUUUGUUGGUGUAAUACGAUUCUGUCACAAGAUGGGUGGCAUCACCAUGUUUUGCUUUUACCUCUUUUCACAGAACUGGUUUGCCUUCUCCAAACUGCACAAGCCUCUUUUCACUGAACAUGGUGUCAUAAGUUUUCCAAAUACGAACCCACCUUUGGAUAAAAUGAACAAUGCUUAUUGCCAGGUGAGAAAAUAAUUCUUUGCAAAAGUGCUGAGUAGCAUGCUGUUCACAGCAUUUUCCCUCACAAAUAUAUCGCUUACUUACAUCAUUGUCUAUAUUUUCAAAACACUUUUAGUCAUAUACACUUUACGCAAUAGAGAUCAAAGUGACUAUAGAAAAGUAAAGAAGCUGGUUCACUAAACAAUACUUUAAGACAAGAGGUCAAGAACUACAGACCGAUGACGUCCCUCUUAAACCAUCGAUCGACAAAGUGUUUGAGCAACUACUCUGUAAACAGGUGACUAUGAAACUCGACCACAUCUUUUCUAGCCUAAGCGCUGCUUACAGAAAGGGACACAGCUGUGAGACCACUCUACUACGUCUGAAUGAGGACUGGAAGCUAGCAAUAGACAGAAAAGAACUAGUAUGUAUUCUAUCGACUGAUAUGAGUAAAGCGUUUGUCUCUCUCAGCCACUCGCCGACACUAACAAAGCUUGAAGCAUACGGUUUUGAGUCCUCAGCGUUGCACCUCACGCGAUCAUUCUUUAACAACCGCCCAAAUGUUCAUCCCCCUGCUCUGGAGCGUAUUUCAGAAUGACCUGCCCUGCUCCAUAACUACCGCUAAACUUUCGAUCUAUGUGGAUGACCGCCAGUUGUACACCUCAGGAACUAAUUUUACAGCUGCAAGGGAAGCCUUAGAGCAGGAAGAUCAACUUACCGCGUCUUGGUAUCGUGAUAAUUUUCUACUCGCAAAUCCUGACAAAUUCCAGGCGAUGAUCCUUUAUAAUAGAAAUAUUAACAUUGAAGGCUAAUACACAAUCACCUAGUCUUCAGUCUUUCGAGAACGCUAUGAGAAAUGUAGACAUUUCUGGUAUUUUAUUAUUUUAUUUUAUUUUAUUAGAUUCGCCAAAAAAACAAACAAACAAACAAACAAACAAACAGAAAGAACGUUGGCAGGGACACCGCAACAGCUGUGGCCAGUUACAGUGGGCCUGGAUACUAAAAAGAAAAAAAAUAAAAACAAGAACUAAUAAAAAAAAAACACAGCGACAAAUACCGUAUUUAACAAGACCAUGUGUCGAUUUGAAAAAAAAAGGUUAGAUCUAAAAGUUUAUGCCAGUAACAAAUAGGUAUUAGGUUUAGAGUUUGGAAAGGAGACUUAUAACUUAUAUUAGAAGAAUAAGGCAGUUUUAACAUAAACUUAGUCGCGCGUCAUUGGACACGCUCAAGCUUCACAAUGAGCUCGAUGGACUGCGGGGCCCAAAUUUGGGUGGCGUAUCCCAAAUGUGGCCUAACUAGAGCUAGGUAUAGCGUUCGUCUUACGUCGGUUCUAAGUAGGAACCUCGUGUUCCUCUUUAAGUAUCAAGUCCUUUAUUAACACGCGAAGAUUGUUCGUUUACUGUUUGUACCAUGCCAGAUCCUUACUAAUCCAUACGCCCAGAUCUUUUUCUGCAACAUAUCACAAGUGCGGUGUUGUUGAGUUUGUAAGAGGAUAAGAUCGGCUUUGUUUUCCUUGUUAUGGGCUGCGCCUUACACACUUAGCUUCGUUAAAUAGGAGACCUGAUGAUUGAGACCAAGUUGCAAGCUUACCAAGGUCUUUGUGGAGAGAAGACACCCCCCCAAAGUCUUAAUCUCUCUGAAUAUUUUGUGUCGUCAGCAAACAUCAAUAAUCAACUGCUAGAACUGAUGAAUUCAGGAAGGUCGUUGACUUAUAAGAGGAAGAGUCGGCUGGUCCAGAGGUAACAGGAAGAUCCUCUGAAGCGAAGCCGAGUACCCGUAACGCGUUGGCGUCGACCUGACAGUUAAGAACAGAACCAGUUAAGCACGUUGCCACCCAAACCGGCCUGGAUUAGCUUAUGGACGAAGCGCCUGUGACUGACUUUGUCGAAAGCUUUUGACAUAUCAAGGUAGAUGGUGUCAACCUGGCCGCCACUAUCUAAAUUAGUGAACCAAUGUGGUCAAAAGCCUCAAGCAGGUUGGUGACGCACGAUCUUCCAGAACAAAAACCAUAUUGUUUAGGUGAACUUACAUUGUACAGGUGGUCCUUGAUACUAUUCAACACACAACGCUCAAAGACCUUGGACACUAUUGGAAGUAGAGAGAUGGGGCAGUAAUUUUCCACGUGGUCUUUUGCACCCUUUUUGUGGAGAUGCACGACGUUAGCUAGUUUCCAGUCACUCGGGAGAGACCUUAGUUGCAGUGAUUUGUUAAAGAUCCUACAUAAGGAAGGAGCAAUCACUGAGGCAUUCUCUUUGAGCAAUUUAGCAGGGAUUUCGUCCGGCCCUGUGGCUUUACCGACUUCUAGUGCUUUGAGUGUAACUAGAAACUUGGACUCAUUGAGCGGAUAUAACAGUGUCCGAACGUAUGUACGCUGUCUUCUCCACUGCGCUGCCGAUAGUAAAUACAGAGGCAAAAAACCUGUUAAACAGGUCAGCUAUUCCCGCAGAUGUAUCAGCACUUAAUCUUGAAGGGUUUUGUGACUGGUCAGCGGAAGAGUCUGGGACGGUUACCAUGGAGACAUGGUCUGGGAUGGGAUGAGAUUUAGAGUUAAGCUUCAAAUUGACCAUAAGUGCUUGGGAUUGAAUCUAAAGCCAGUGUCAAUGGAGUCGUUAAAGUGAUCACGGCUUUCGCGAAGCAGUUUCUUGACUUGCGCCCGCAGAGACUUAAACUUAUCCCUCAGGUCGGCGUGCAGAUGUGACUUAAGGUGGCUCCGUAAUUAACCCAAGAGCAUUUAGCUGUGACAAAUUUUCCGUCAUAACUUUUUCGAUUUUAACGCAAUGGCUGCGAAACUUUGCAAUUAACAACAGAUAUCAUUCGGCAAUAAUACGAAAUAUUCCGAUUUCAUUGAUGGUAAAUAUUUCUUGAGAAAUUAGCGCUUAAAAGGACCCUACUGUUCAAAGGAAAUCGCGUCUAGUAAAAAAUUUUGCUGAUAUUUUUUACUGAAAUUUCUGGUAUCGGCUUUAAAGGAUAUAAUAAAUAUGCCAGAGGAAUUUCAGAAAAAUCGUUGGAGCAGAAGUCCGUAACUAAAAGUCGGUCAAAAUUCAGCUGUGAAAUUGUUUUGGAAUUUCAAAAAUAAAUUACUAUCAGAAAGAAGGAGCCACCAGUUUGAAUUUUUGGGACAAGUAAAUUCAACGCUUGCUAAUUCUUAAAACAAAAGCCGAUUGCCUAUCGUGCUAUUCUUUGAAAGGUACUUUUUAGUUUUAGAAGAACUAUAAAUUGCUCCAAACCUUGCUCUGAAGUAGAAUGACUUGUUCGUCGACAGUUUUAAAAUAUCCCUUGGCAGUUUUGGCUCAAACUCCCGCUGCAUACAUUUUGAGGUAUUGCCAUGCAUUUUCAACGACUUUUACUGCCGUUCGUUGCUUCCAACUCAGGAAAAAAGUAUUGAGAUUGGACGCUACCUCGUAUCAGAGCUCAGAAAGAACUGUCCAGCACCUUUGUUUAUGACUACAAAAUGAGCACGAGCGGCAGCUCUGCGAGGAAUUCGCACCUCAACCAGGGGGGACGAGUGACAAUGAUGCCCUUGCAGAGCAAAACAUAAUAAUCAAGAAAAAAAUACCCAUUCAUUGAAGGAAGGAGUGACAAAAAUUUCGGAGUUGUAAAUUUAUUAACGGGCAGUAUUUUUGCGAUAAUUUUAUUUUGCACUGUGAUGUUAUUUGGAUCACAAGCAUGGUCAUCAUUGUCGUUCGUCCCCCCCUGGUGAGGUGCGAAUUCCACGCAGAACUGCCGCUCGUGCUCAUUUUGUAGUCAUAAACAAAGGUGCUGGACAGUUCUUUUCUGAGCUCUGAUACGAGGUAGCGUCCAAUCUCAAUACUUUUUCCCUGAGUUGGAAGCAACGAACGGCAGUAAAAAUCGUUGAAAAUGCAUGGCAAUACAUCAAAAUGUAUGCAGCAGGAGUUUGAGCCAAAACUGCCAAGGAUAUUUUAAAAACUGUCGACGAACAAGUCAUUCUACUUCAGAGCAAGGUUUGGAGCAAUUUAUAGUUCUUCUAAAACUAAAAAGUACCUUUCAAAGAAUAGCACGAUAGGCAAUCGGCUUUUUGUUUUAAGAAUUAGCAAGCGUUGAAUUUACUUGUCCCGAAAAUUCAAACUGGUGGCUCCUUCUACCUGAUAGUAAUUUAUUUUUGAAAUUCCAAAACAAUUUCACAGCUGAAUUUUGACCGACUUUUAGUUACGGACUUCUGCUCCAACGAUUUUUCUGAAAUUCCUCUGGCAUAUUUAUUAUAUCCUUUAAAGCCGAUACCAGAAAUUUCAGUAAAAAAUAUCAGCAAAAUUUUUUACUAGACGCGAUUUUCUUUGAACAGUAGGGUCCUUUUAAGCACUAAUUUCUCAAGAAAUAUUUACCAUCAGUGAAAUCGGAAUAUUUUGUGUUAUUGCCGAUUGAUAUCUGUUGUUCUUUGCCAAGUUUCGCAGCCAUCGCGUUAAAAACCAAAAAGUUAUGACGGAAAAUUUGUCACAGUUAAAUGCUCUUGUAUUAAUUACGGAGCCACCUUAAGUUUUUGGCGAACUGAGUUCUAUUUCUUGAUUAGUUUUAAAAUGUCACUAUCUAUCCAAGGAACCGGGUUACGGCCUUUCAGUCUCUUCGAUGCCACGAAGUCCUUGACAGCAAGUCAGAAGUCCUUCCGGCACCGCCCGUCAUCAUCUAUAUUGUUAUGGCCCACAAUAGAAAAAAGAUUGAUUGCCGAAAGAGCUUAACGCCAAUUGCCAAUUGCGUAGUCGUAGACAAAUUUGCGCGGGUGUGAGGACGCAUUAACAAAAGAAUUGUACUCAAACAGGACUACACAAUGAUCCGUAAAAACACCGGCUUUAUCAGGUGACAACGCCUCGGUCACUUUGGUGUCUUCUGAGGCACUUCUUAUCACUAGAUCAAGAAUGUUACUACCGCGAGUCGGUGUGUGGUUAGUUUGCGUCAAGAAGUGGUCAUGUAACGCCUCGAUAAAUGGCAGUUCGUUAGCACCUGAAGCGCUAUCCACGGAGUCCCAGAAUAAUAAUGUAAUCUUCUGAUCAAAUUUAGCAGAAAAUAACUGUGACUGUUGUGACCUUUGCAGAUCCUAAUUUUACGAUGUUAAGAUUUUUAAGAUUUUAAUAUGUAUUAUUAUGAAUUACUAUGUAUUUUAGAUUAGUGUGCCCAAUUAGAAUAUAUCAUUAUAAUUAGUAUUAUCAUAGAUUAUUAUUAUUAUUAUGUAAUUUUAGAUAAAUGUCCCCAAUUAGCCAUAUACGUUUGACACUUAAAUAAAGUUCUUAUAUCUUAUUAUAUUGUUAUAAGGCAUAUCAAAAGAUCAAAAUGGCAGUUUGUUCUGUUAAAAUGAUUAAUCGCAAAUAUUGCUUGUUCAAUUGGGACUUCAAAAAUAGACACAUUGACGGGAACUGAAGCUUUAAGUGAUUAAGAGACAGUGUUAAACGUUUUACGUUUCUCUUCCAUGGUAGUUCGUUUCAUUCACGAGAGUUUAUAACUCGACUCCAACAGUUCUUGUCUCAGCCAAUCACAGCACGACGGCAUCUGGGAAUUCAGCACCAAAUCACAACGGAAUUACAACUUGGAUCGAGGUAAAGUUUUCCGUUAUUGGGGGGUAUUGUGGGGAUGUAUCAAGGCAAACAAACUUCAAACCAAAACUCCAAGAAAGAUAUAACUGAACAGAGACACACGCUUGCUUGAGGCGAUGUAUUGGUCGAUAAUAGAUGUGGCGCAAAAAUGUGCCGAGUGAAGUUGGGAUUGCUUAUCGGCUUCCUUUUGACGUUAAUUAUCGAAUACGAUUAUGGUGUCGGUACAAAAUAAUGUCUUUAAAUUAUCAGCAGGGGCCGCGCGCGGUGGUCUCGAACUUCAGAUCUGAUUCUGCGGUUUUAAACGUUACUUUAGAGCUGUUUCCUUGGACACGAAACUUUGCUCCAAUCAUUUGGCUGCUUUAUUCAUCAACAGGGAUAUUUAGCUCCGUCCUUCUGGGCCUCAUAGCUCAUUUGUGCCACUGCCUUGCCCCUUAUUAGUGUAAAAAGGAUAUUUUGGAAAAAAUUUCGAACAUUAAUUCACCAUAUAUUUUUUAUACCUUUGUUAUUUCUAAACAGUUCUUUAAUUACUUUCAUCAAACCACAGUGUUAAUUUACGGCGAAUCUUCGCAUCUCUAUGUUACAUAAGAAGACGUAGGAGGGCGUUUUAAAAAUAUUCUGGUAUUCUCUUCCUGUUAAUUUAGUUGUUUAUGACUACAAUUUUAGCUGUACUAAACUACGUUGAGCGCUUAUUUUUUUUUUUUUCAGAACAUGAAUACCUCUGGAUUCAGAGCCUGUGUCAAGGAAUUAUACGGGACCAGAUAUGAUCCCUUGUCCGUCGGUUAUUCCGUGCUCACAGGUCUGUAAUAUUACUGAGUUCAUUUAUGAAGUAUUUUUUAGCAAAUGAAAAAAGAAACGUUACUUGUUACCGGAUUCAUCUGGAAAUACUUCGGAAAUGCCCUAAACUAAUAACACAAUGCAAGUUGAUGGUUUCGCAAGUCAUGGCGGAGUCAAGAGAGUGUACCUGUUGACAUAAAAAAGAUUCUUGAAAUUCUUUCAAGUUGUAAUUUUCCUACCCCUCGAAGAAUUUCACCGUUUAAGGGACUGUGCAAUAAUUAUCAGGAGGGGGAGCUGAAAAACUAGAGUUAUCUAGCAAAAACUUAGACGGUACCCCCCCUCCAAAACAAAAAAAAAAUAGUUCUAACCCCCCCUCUGUUAUGUUAAAAAUAACGUCGCAGGAGAGGCAGGCAAGAAAGAAAUUUUACAACAAAUGUUUCGAAAAUUCUAGAUCUCAAAUCUUCUUCCGAACAGAUAUUCUUCCGAAAAUUGUCGUUGGGUGCCCCUGAUGCCUGUAUUGAGAAUCUGUUAUUGCGUUUAAUUUUAUUUACAUUUCGAAUAAACUCAAAUGAGUGAUUUUACUUUGAGCCCCCCCCUAUCUUGGCAGCAAUUUUAUGUAAUGCCCCCCUCUAGUUUUUCAGCCCCCCCUCCUGAUAAUUAUUGCACAGUCCCUAAUUAAAAGUUUUCUUAAAGGAUAAAUAACGAGGAUAAAAGACCUUGCUAGAAAUUAAAAACAUCAUGCUUAAAACAAUCGUUUGAAUUUUGUGUUUCUUUGAAAUAGUACAGUCUGUACAAAAAAGUUCGAUGUAUUUUAUCUCUAUGCGAGUGGUAUAUCCCUGUCGCUAGUCUGCUAUCCAAUAAUAUCUUACUAGUCCCUUGAAACUAUUAAGCUUUGGAAAACAUUUUCGCAUCACGCUCCUAACAGUACUGCGAGGGAGAUGCUGCUAAGGAUUUAUCAAUCCGGCGGUUUAUUUGAAUGUAUAUAUUUUUGACGCUUACGUUUAUCUGUAUUUCGCAGGCAUCUGUGAACCUGGCUGGAACUAUUUCAACGGCUUUUGCUAUUUCACAAGUAACACUUGUCAAAAUUGGACCACAGCACUGGAUAAAUGCCGACAAGAACACUCGGUUCUUGUCGAUGUCCAAAAUAACGAAGAAAAUGUGUUUUUACAGCAUCUACACAAUGGAGCAAAAUCCUGGCUGGGAUUGAAUGAUGUUUUCACAGAGGGCUCCUUUACUUGGGCAGAUCGUGGCACUGGGAACUUUACAGCUUGGGCUAAAAACCAACCGAACAAUUUUCGGGAUGAAGACUGUGUGCAUACACUUGGUGUUGAAUAUAAAUAUGAAUGGAAUGACGUGAAAUGCAGUGACUGUCAUCAGUAUACUUGUAAGAAAGGUAAGAUGUGAUGUAUAAGUUUAGGAAUGCACAAUAUAGAAGAAAGUCUACUUAACAAAACGCAUUUUGGUGUGUUAAUCGUGAUAAAUAUAUAGUUUUUUUUUUCAUCUUGAACAGAUCUCAAUGAAUGCAGUAGGGACAAGUAUUACUGCCAUCAGGUCGCCAGCUGCACAAAUUAUCGUGGUUCAUUUAAUUGCACUUGUGAUCAAGGCUACUUUGGAGACGGCUUUGAGUGCGAGCUUAUCAGUUUCGCAAGUAUGAUCAGAUAUAAAAUUGAAGCACUGCAUGUUAAUGAUGAACAGCAAGUUCAUUCAUAGUAAACGACGUGCUAGUGCUAGUGCAAGUAUCACGCUUUGUUAUAUUGCGGAGCCGUUCUAACGUUUUCAAUGGCCAUCAUUCAGUAGUUUCUACUGCUUACAUGCAACGUCUAAAUUUUGGAGUGUCUUUUUAAUAUUUCCCAAACUCCCAUUCUAAACGACAUGCUAUGGAGAAGAGUAGCUACGCAGGCGGCAUGGUAUCCUCCUCCUUCUUACGAGGCUAAAGUUUACUGUUUAAUUCGGUGGCCUGGUUAAUAUUUUGCAUAUUCGGCCUUAUUAUUACCACUAGUUUUAGACUCUUGUUGUGAGGGAAGUCAUUCGACAGUUGAUAAUAUUGCCUUGCAAGGUAAGAAUCCAAUUCGCACUGAAAAAGAGUUUUUAAAUUCCCGGGUCCGUUCGUUCACCUUCACUAUUAAUCGCCGACCGAUUAGCUCAAUUGUAUAGGCGCCGGUCUGCCAACCGGGAGGCCACCAAGUGCACCAACUCAGGGUCUUUAAAUAACUGAGGAGAAAUUGUUGCCCUGUGAAAUAACAUCUGCAAACGGUUAAUAAACUUUUUAGUUUUCUCAGAUAAGGACGAUAAACCGUAGGCCCCGUCUCAAAAACGUUGCACAUACAUAUUUUAGGACGUUAAAGAACUCACGCUCUGUUCGUAAAUAGUAGGGGACCUAUUCUUCGGUGUUGUGGUGGGUGGGACUGUUAUGGGCCCUCGGGUAAUAGGCGCUGCGCGCUGUUGCGGUGACCCUGCCCAGAAUUCGUGAACCAAAGGAAAUAAAUUAGUGAUAACUUUGUCUCUAACUUUUGUAGGGGGAUUGAAACAGUCUACUAUUGUGGGGAAUGAUGCUAACUACUUGCAAUAUUUAAGCACCUGGCUCAAACCAGUUGCUCAGAGUCUUCUUUCUUUACGAUGGAAGAGAUGUUGGCGGGCGUCCGUGGACGGUUGGGCUGCCAGUACCUUUCAUAGCCAUUGUGACAACAAAGGACCAACUGUAACAAUCAUAAGAGUCGGCGGGAAAUACAUAUUUGGAGGCUACACUAGCCUCUCAUGGGGUAAGUGGUUUGGUUUUUCUAAAACUGGACAUUCUAAAAUUAAAUUGUCUAAGGAAGUAUUUGAAGUAGAUAAUAGGGCCAUUUAUACGAGGAAAAAUAAGACGCGUCUUACAUAAGACGCGUCUUAAAUAAGACGCGAACUGUACCAUUUUAUACGAGCAUGUCUUAUCUAAUAAGACGCGUCUUAGCUAAGCCGCGUCUUAUUUUAGACGAAAUGUGCCGUUUAUACGGAAAGUUCGCGUCUUAUUUAAGACGCGUCUUAUUUUUCCUCGUAUAAAUGGCCCUAAUGUUAUUACCACGAAGAGGACUAAAAAAAGUGCAUUCAUGCUGUUUCAAACUUCAUGGCCCUUAUUCUAUUUCGGUCAAUUCGCCAAAUGGAGGAGAAUUAUUCUGGGUUUAAAUUCGAAAAGUUUCUACCAAAUAUUAGAAAAAGAAAAUCGUUGUCUUGUGUUCACGUACCCCAUAGAACUAAAAUAGGGACGUUUUACGUCGUAUUCGUGCAGCGAAUUCGCCCGACAAUUAAAUUCUGUGCUGACGUAUUUUCUGUCCAGAAUUGUUCCUCUCUAAAGUGUUUUUCAGGUAAAGUAUAUUCCGCUCAAGUGCCGUUGUAGUUUAAAAAAUCAGUAGAAAUGACAAGAACGCGAUUGUGAAUUGAUCAAGGCUUAAGUUCCUAAGGCUUCCAUUUCCGGCUCUUAAAACUAAAAUAAAAACUGUAUGUAAAAGAUGCAAGUUAGACGGGAAAAAUUACCACUUAGUAAUCAAGUCUUUUGUUGUUAUAAUUUACACAAAAGAAAAACUGAGAGAGUAUUUUGAUCAAAGUUACGUAUACUUAUAUCAACCUGAAUAAUAGCAUGAAAUCUUACUUUUCCUGAUUUUAUCUCACCUAUUGUAAGAGUCCAGUCGAUGCCCAGGCACAACCUGACGAUUUUAAAUGUUCUUUUUAAACUAUUUUAAGUUUUAAAUGUUGUAGUCAAUUACUUAAAGGUGAUUAAUGUAAAUUCAUGUUGUAUCUUUUAAAUAUAUUUUGCAUCUUUUUCAUUUAGAAUCUUAUCGUAUCUUUUAGAGUUUUUAUUGUAGUUUGUAAGUAAUUUUAUCCUUCUUUCUCAUUUUAGUUCUACAUCGUAAUCAUUUUUACAUGGCCCCUCAAGAAUUGUUCUUUUUUUAACUAUUUUAAGUUUUAAAUGUUGUAGUCCAUUACUUAAAGGUGAUUAAUGUAAAUUCAUGUUAUAUCUUUUAAAUAUAUUUUGUAUCUUUUUCAUUUAGAAUCAUAUCGUAUCUUUUAGAGUUUUUAUUAUAGUUUGCAAGUAAUUUUAUCCUUCUUUUUCAUUUAAGUUCUACAUUUUAAUCAUUUUUACAAGGCCCCUCAAGAAUUGAGCUUUAAGUCUUUAGUGUUUAAAUAAAAGAAAUGAUGAUGAUGAUGAUAAUGAUAAUGGCUUAUUAGUAAAAAGCUUCAGUAUGAAUUGGUGUAUUCAAAAAAGCUACACGAAGACCGAGGAUACAUUGAAACCUUGGCAUAACGAAGGAUCAAGCUUAAGAGACCGACAGAUUUGUUCGCUAUAUAACGAGGUUUCGUUUUAUCGAGAUUCUUUUCCAUAUAUUUUACUAUAACUGCCGUAAAGAAAAUCGUUAGUUACAUCAAGGAAUUCGUCAUACAUAGGUUCGUUAUAUCGAGGUUCCACUCGGCUGUAGUGAACAACAACUGAAAAAUUCACGCCUUUGUAUCGGGGUGCCCCUAACUGAAUUUUAAUCUGCAAUUUAUCGCUCUUUUCAAUGGCGUUUAGCUUUUCAAAUAAGUACCAUUUUAUUCCUUCAAAAGUAAAUACCUAAGUAAGAAUAAACUUAAUAUUAAAAACACACUUUUCACGCGACUGAUAUCUUUGCUAUUUAAAAGGGAGUUAAACUACUACUAGUAGUAUCAGUAUCUUUUCUUGUCUGUAUAAAUUGGAAUUUUUGAACCAAGUCUGUUCAUUGAUCAUCCUUCUGAUUUCUUGUUUUCCCAACAGGUUACAGCAGUUGCCACGGGUAUCGAUAUGAUUCCCAGGCAUUCCUUUUCUCGCUGGUUAACAAGCCAGGAUGGGCGCCUGUGAAACUGCCUCAGACAGGGCAGCAUAGUUACUACAAUAGCCACUCCAUAUACGACUGUUCUCAUUAUGGACCUACUUUCGGUGGAGGCCACGACAUUACCAUUUACGAGUAUACUAGUAGCAAUUGCUAUGCCAACCUUGGCCAUACUUACAGCCCACCAAGUGGGUACAGCUAUAAAAGCACCUUUACCAGGACUUUUCUGGCAGGCACUUACCAGUUUACUCCAGACGAAGUAGAAACAUUUUACGAGACAACCUAA